AUGGAACAAAACAAUGGCACUCAGGCAACUGAAUUCGUUCUCCUGGGAUUUGCUGGUCAGCACAAGUCUUGGCCUAUCCUCUUCACAGCAUUUCUGGCUAUCUAUGUGACCACCCUAGUGGGUAAUAUUGGGAUGAUCCUACUCAUCAAGAUCAAUUCCUGCCUUCACACCCCUAUGUACUUUUUCCUCCAACACUUGGCAUUUGUCGAUCUCUGCUACACCUCUGCUAUCACUCCCAAGAUGUUGCAAAACUUUAUAGGAACAGAAAAGUUUAUCUCAUUCACAGGAUGUAUGGUGCAAUUACUAGUCUACGGUACUUUUGCAACAAGCGACUGCUAUAUCCUUGCUGCAAUGGCGGUGGACCGUUAUGUGGCCAUUUGCAACCCACUUCGCUACCCAAUAGUCAUGACCCAGAGAGUCUGCAUUCACCUCUUAGCUGGCUCAUACUUCAUGGGUUUCCUAAAUGGCUCUGUAAAUACAAGUCUUACUUUCUCACUGAACUUUUGCAAAUCCAAUAAAAUUAACCACUUUUUCUGUGAUGAACCCCCAAUUCUUGCCCUGUCAUGUUCCAACAUUGAUUUGAACAUCACGCUCCUAACGGUCUUUGUGGGGUUUAACUUGACGUUCACAGGGUUGGUUGUCAUCUUGUCCUACCUAUAUAUCCUGGCUGCCAUCCUGAAGAUGUCUUCUGCUGCAGGGAGAAGAAAAGCCUUCUCCACGUGUGCCUCCCACCUGACAGCCGUCACCAUGUUCUACGGGACUCUCUCUUACAUGUAUCUGCACCAUGGGACCGCCGAGUCUCAAGAGCAAGAAAAAAUGGCUUCUGUGUUUUAUGGCAUCGUGAUCCCCAUGUUAAACCCCCUCAUCUACAGCCUGAGAAACCAAGAUGUGAAAGAAGCCUUGAAAGGGAUCGGAAAGAAGUGCUUCUAG